UUGGCGGCUUAAAAUAAUCAACAGGUAUCGGUUAAUUUUGAUACCAAUAAUUAUUAUUUAACACAAACAAUGGAGGCCUAUUUAAAAUCCGGUAAAUUGGGCGAAAGUUCGUCAAAAAGCAGCGGCAAAUCCGCAGCGCCGAAGAAACCUAAAUCGAUACAUUGGGUGGAGAAAUACAGGCCGAAAGCGGUAACAGAAGUUGUAGACCAAAGCGACGUAGUUUCUGUGCUUGAACAAUGUCUCACCGGCGCCGAUUUACCGAAUCUCCUGUUCUACGGCCCCCCGGGUACCGGUAAAACGAGCACAAUCCUGGCGGCUGCGAGACAACUGUUCGGGGACAUGUACAAAAACAGAAUACUGGAAUUGAACGCCUCCGAUGAAAGAGGCAUUCAAGUCAUAAGAGAUAAAGUGAAGAGCUUCGCCCAGUUAACAGCCAGCGGUGUGAGACCAGACGGGAAGCCCUGUCCUCCAUUCAAAAUCGUAAUACUCGAUGAAGCCGAUUCGAUGACCCAUGCCGCACAAGCAGCCCUCCGUAGAACGAUGGAGAAAGAAACCAAAUCCACUCGAUUUUGCCUGAUCUGCAACUAUGUAUCCAGAAUUAUCGAACCGUUAACAUCGAGAUGCACAAAAUUCAGGUUUAAACCUCUAAACGAAAACUUGGCGUACGAACGGUUGGCUUACAUUUGCGAACAAGAGAACGUUCUAAUAGACGAUAACGAUAAAUUGUUGAAUCUGCUGGUAGAGAGAAGUGGCGGUGAUAUGCGUAAAGCCAUUACGUGGCUGCAGAGCUGCGCCAUUUUAAGCGGCCACAAACAGAAGAUUGGUUUGCAACACGUUCAAGAAGUUACCGGGGUGGUACCCGCGCAUUGGUUGGAAGAGUUUUUGAAAGUUUGUAAGGAAUCUAAGGAGUUCUCCGCGUUGGAUAGCUUUGUUAAAAAAUUGCUCUACGAAGCUUUCGCCGUCUCGCAAAUCCUCGAUCAAUUGAACGAGAAGAUAAUCAACAGCGAUGAAUUUAAUGAUAAACAGAGAACUAUAAUAGGAGAGAAACUCGGAGACGUUAGCUUCCAUCUCCAGGAAGGAGGGACUGAAUAUAUUCAAUUGAUUGAACUGGGAAAUUCCAUUAUGAAAGCUUAUUCUAUUGUUUAAAAU